GGUCCCCCCCUUCUCUGUGGGGUUCCUUUCCCUGCGCCCGCUCCGCCUCGUCCCCCCACACGCGUGCGGCCCCCGGGCCGGUGUGUGACUUGUCCCCGCUCUCGGCCGCCCUGUGCAGAUCUCCGGAAGCAGGCGAGGCAGCUGGAGAACGAGCUGGACCUGAAGCUGGUCUCCUUCAGCAAGCUGUGCACCAGCUACAGCGGCACCCGAGACGGAAGGCGCGACAGCUCUGACACAACUCCCCUCUUAAAUGGGUCAAGCCAGGACAGAAUGUUUGAGACCAUGGCUGUGGAGAUUGAGCAACUUCUGGGAAAGCUUACUGGAAUAAAUGACAAAAUGGCAGAAUACACAAAUAGUGCAGGAGUCCCCUCCCUGAAUGCUGCCCUGAUGCACACGUUACAGCGUCACAGAGACAUACUGCAGGAUUAUACACACGAAUUCCACAAAACCAAAGCAAACUUCUUGGCAAUACGAGAAAGGGAAAAUCUGUUGGGAUCUGUACGGAAAGAUAUCGAAUCCUAUAAAAGUGGGUCUGGUGUGAAUAACAGAAGAACAGAACUAUUCCUUAAGGAACACGAGCACCUCCGAAACUCAGAUCGGCUGAUAGAAGAAACAAUAAGCAUUGCCAUGGCAACUAAAGAAAAUAUGACUUCACAGAGAGGGAUGUUGAAGUCAAUACAAAGCAGGAUGAAUACCUUGGCUAAUCGGUUUCCAGCAGUGAACAGCCUGAUUCAAAGGAUCAACCUUCGGAAACGACGAGAUUCCCUCAUCUUGGGUGGCAUUAUUGGCAUCUGUACCAUCCUAUUGCUGCUAUACGCUUUCCAUUGAUGGAUGUUCCUCGAUGGACUCGGCUAAACUCAUCACCACCAACCUUUUCCCCCCCUCAGUCAAGGAAAAGUGAGUGGGGGAAGCGAUAGACUUCAAACAGCCUGCUCGUCACGGCUGGGAGCAUCAGCAUGAUGUCUAGAGCUUAUGAUGGUAAACUGCAACACUGGGUUUGGGUUGAAGCUGCAGUGUUCCUCCUUCCCUGCCAUACAUCUUGCUUUGGUUGAAUUUGGUGGGAUUUGUCUGUCUUUAAUUCGCGUUUUCACUGCAAGGUAAGUAAAUAUGGGACGCUUACCAGAACAGGUAGAAGAAUUUCUGUGAUCAGCAGUGCUGGGGAGAUCUGUUGUUGGCUUGUAAGUGGUAA